UCAGUCAGUGGAAUUUAUUUGACAGUUGAUAAGAUACACAAACGAGAGGACAACAACAAAAUAAGCAAUAAAAGAGUUGAGUUUAGUUGACAGGCAGUGAGUCAUUUCUUCAUCAUCGGCUCUUGGGUUUUUACACUCGCGUUAUACAUUAAACAAAGUUCUUCGUGUCCUGUUCUGUGCAUAAAAAAAGAAAGAUAAUCAAAGAUGGCUUUGUAUCCGAGUUUGGAGGAAAUGAAGGUGUGCAAAAUGGCUGUGGCUCAAAUCCAAGCAGAGGCACAGGCUGUCCCCCCGCAGAUCCAACAGAGUCCUGAUGCAGGAACACCAACAUCAUUGUAUCCUUCUCUUGGUGAAUACAUGGGAUUGGAAUUGGGCAGAGCUGUUGUCGAAGCGAAUAUGCCACAAUAUGCAACUGAUUUACAAACAUAUACUCCAGCAUAUUCAGGUCUUGUUGCCCCAAUAUCCGGACACUUGCAAAAAGUGAAUGUGACCAAUGGCAUCCGAGAGCUUGUGAUGUGCAAAGGUUCAGAUGACAAGGUUGGAAUGAGGGUGAAGGAUAUUGACAACGGGAUUUUCGUGUGUUUGGUCGUGGAUAAAUCUCCGGCCGCCAUGGUCGGUCUUAGAUUCGGCGAUCAAAUUCUGCAAAUCAAUGGGGUUAAUGUAGCCGGCUAUUCGAUGGACAAAGUCCAUAAGUUGCUUAAGAAGAGCCCUGUGAAUGGGAUCAAUGUAGUCGUACGAGAUAGACCAUUCGAACGCACCAUCACUCUGCACAAAGACAGCACCAAUCACGUUGGUUUCCUCUUCAAGAAUGGUAAAAUCACGAGCAUCGUUAAGGACUCUUCGGCGGCGCGAAACGGUCUCUUGAUCAAUCAUCAGGUCAUCGAGGUUCAAGGACAAAACGUCGUUGGUUUGAAGGAUAAGGACAUUUCGAAAUUGAUCGACGAUGCAGGCGCGACGAUCAUCGUCACAAUAAUCCCAAGCAUGCUCUAUGAUCACAUGGUUAAAAAAAUGGCUGGAUCUUUGAUCAAAAAUCUCAUGGAUCAUACUGCGAUGAAUUUUUAAAUAUUUACUCACAAAUCUUUUAUUUCGCUCUAUAUUACAUAUACGACCAAUAUAAAGUCUACGAGAUAGACGGAUUUUGCAGCACGUUUUCUUUUUGUUACUCUACUCGAACGAGAAUUACAGAUUUUUGGUUCCAUGUGCAUCCGUCUAUUUAUUUUUUGUUGCAUUUAUUUAAGUAUUAUUCUAUAGAUAUAAAUCAAGUUAUAUUACUCUUAUAUAUUAACAUAUACUAUUUGUACUGGAGUUUUAAUGUUAAGCACAAUGUUGUAAAAAAAAGAGUUAGCUUUAAGAGUAGAUGAGAAAUUGUGUUAAAUUGAAAUUCGUUUUCUUUUGUUUGAAUUUAUUAU